AUGGACUUGCAAACACUGUCCAACCUCUUCGCCACGACCUACAGCUCUGACCCCAAUGUACAGAAGAGCGGAGAGCUCCAAAUCCGCAAGCUCGGCGCGCAGGAAGGCAUGAUUACUGCCCUGUUGCAGAUUAUCGCCAACGAUAACGUCGACAUGGCCACGCGGCAAGCGGGCGCGGUGUAUCUGAAAAAUCGUGUGUAUACUUCAUAUUUCGUCGAUGCCGCUAGCCCUCGCGCAGAUCAAGUGCCCAUCGCGCAGUCGGACAGGAGCACCCUCAAAGGCUCCAUACUUCAACUUCUUUCCGUCUCCCCUUCGCGUGGUAUUACUGUCCAGCUCGCGAGCACCCUAAAAAAUAUCGUCGCACGCGACUUCCCCGAGCAGUGGCCGACGCUAUUAGAUGACGUAAAGCGGCUGCUCGCGAGUAGCAAUAUCCGCGAAGUUGUUGCGGGAUGUGUGGCUUCUCUGGAAAUGGUCAGGGCAUUCCGCUUCCGCCAAACUCAGGAUAUCCUUCCCGAGCUCGCCACCCAACUCUUCCCCACCCUCGUCAACAUUGCCACUCAGAUUCUCAACACUCCGCCAGCGAAUGCAAGCCAGGAGAUCCCUCUCAUGCUCCACCUUAUCCUGAAGACCUAUAAGACUAGCAUCGUCCUACACCUUAGUCCACAUCAGCAGCGCCCCGAGAGCUUGGUUCCCUGGGGUCGUCUUCUCUUUCAGGUUGUCAACCUUCAAAUCCCCAAGGAGGCCGUUCCUGAGGAUGAAGAAGAGCGGGAACGCAGCGAGUGGUGGAAGGCCAAGAAGUGGUCGUACGGCAUCUUAGGACGCCUGUUCAAUCGCUUCGGUAACCCUUCACAGCUCCCUAGCUCCAUGAAGCAGGAAUACGCGGACUUUGCCCAUCACUUUGUCACGACAUUCGCUCCCGAGAUCUUCAAGAUCUACUUGCACCAGGUCGAGCUUGUGGUAUCUGGUCAAGCAUGGCUCUCCAAGAAGUGUCAAUAUCAGAUCUUCGCGUUCUUCACUGAGUGCGUGAAGCCGAAGUCGACUUGGGCAAUGCUCAAGCCCCACUUCGAGACCCUUGUUUCUUCGUAUGUGUUCCCUCAGCUUUGCUUUAAUGCGACAAAGGAGGAGCAGUGGGAAUCGGACCCCAUCGAGUAUCUGCGCAUCUCCGUUGACGAGUUCGAAGCGUAUGACACGCCUACUUCUGCAGCAACGUCAUUCCUGCUGUCGCUCGCCAGCAACCGCACAAAAAUUGCAUUCAUGCCUUUGCUUGGGUUCAUAAACCGCGUCCUGAACUCGUACCCUGCUGCUCCUCAACGAUUCGGCGCCCUCAACAUGACCGCGGCUCUCGGCCACUUCAUCAUGAGACACCCAGACGUAAAGGACAACAUGGAGCAGUUCUCUGUGCAACAUGUCCUUCCCGAGUUCGCAGCAUCGGAACCGUACAUGCGCGCGAUCGCCUGUGAAGUCCUUGGAACGGUCGAGAAAUCUGGUCUUAAGUGGUCGAGCGAACAGCACCUCCAGUCGCAUUUCAAUGCACUUGCCACGUGCCUGGAUGAUCCUGAGUUGCCUGUCCGCGUUCAUGCAGCUCUUGCUGUUACCGAGAUGGUCAUCAACCACGAGUCUGUUAAAGAUGCCGUCGCCCCCCAGGUCGGCAAGGUCAUCCAGACAUUGCUGAAGCUGUCCGAGGAGACAGACCUUGAUAUCUUGAAUACUUGCAUGGAGACUAUGGUGGAUCGCUACCAGGCCGAACUUCUUCCCGUUGCUGCUGAACUCACCGCCCGCCUGUGCGAAACCUACACGCGCCUCGUUCUGGAGAGCAUCGCCGCGGAAGAGGCUACCGACAGCAAAGCUGUCGACCUGGAGCGUAUCAUGGACGAUGCAGGCGAGGACAAGGUUUUUGCUGCGAUGGGUGUUGCGAAGACGAUUACAACCAUCGUCGCGUCCGUAGACUCGUCGCCCGAGAUCCUGGCGCAAGUGCAGGAAGUGAUCAUCCCCGUCAUUGUUCUUACUCUGAAGAAUAAGCUUCUUGAUCUCCUGGACAAUAUGUACGAACUUGUGGACAGCCUUACCUUCAAGCUUCGUGCCGUCGUGCCGAGCAUGUGGCCCGUCUUCGAGCUCACCUAUAAGCUAUUCAAGUCCGAUGCCGUGGACUUCCUGGAUGAGAUGCUGCCGUCGCUGGACAACUUUGUCUCGUUUGGCAGUGACGUCUUUAAGGCGCGCUCGGACUAUAGGCAGAUGGCAUUGGACAUUUACACGACCUCGGUCACCAGCGAACACCUCGGCGAAAACGACGCCGUCAACGGCUGCAAGCUCGCAGAGUCUUUACUGCUGAACCUCCGCGGUCACAUCGAUGAAGGCCUGCAAACUAUCGUUCAGACCGCCCUCAACCUAAUAGACAGCAUUCAGACAAACUCGCUCCGACUCGCGAACCUCGAGGUACUUAUCAAUACCGUACUUUACAACCCUACGGCCGCACUGCGCAUCAUGGAGGCCAUCCGCCCUGGCACAUCGCGCCUCUUCUUCGACACGUGGUUCGAGGCGAUCAACAGCGACACCCGUCUGCCGCGCGUGCAUGACAAGAAGCUUACACUCACCGCGCUCUGCGCGCUGCUCGAGAUGGACCCGUCGACUGUGCCCGAACCUGUCCGGGACGGUUGGCCGCAGAUCGUUGGGGGCGCGCUGAGGGUGUUCAAGGACCUCCCUCGCGCCAUUGAGGCCCGCAAGGAGCUCGAGCAGUCUUUCCAGGCGGACACCGAUUCUGAUGGCGACCACGACGAUGGUCUUCUGAAUCUUGGUGACGAGGAGGUCUCACCUAAUGUUGCUCCAGAUGACGUGUGGGACUCCGACUCUGCCUACAUUGAGAUGCUGGCGAAUGAGGGCGCACGGCUCCGCGAAAAGUCUCUGAAGCACGAUGCUGGAGACGACAUCUCCGAGUUCUCUGACGACGAGUCGGAUAUUGCCGAGGAGCUCGGUUACAUCAGCCCACUAGACACAGUCAACCCGUACGUUUCCUUCAAGCAGGCCCUGACGAGCUUCCAGAUGAAGGACGGCCACAAUUAUCAGCGGGCGACGACUUCGCUGAGCCAGGAGGAGCAGAUGUUCUUGAUGGAAGUCAUGCGCAUCGCGGAAGAACACUCGCAGACGACUGCCUAG